AUGGCGAAUCAUGCUCCAUCCUCUUCUCAUUCUCAAUUCAUUUAUUGUAAUGAUUUUGAUGAUGCCUCAUUAUUAGGCGAGCUAAAUCUAGCUCCCCUUUAUGAUCUCGAGAAUGAUCUGUUAGGACCGAUUGAACCACCAAUUGGAAAUAAACCACUUUAUGAAGUAGGAAUCGCAAAUGAAAUUGAUCCGUUUGUUGACGUUGAACCCACCACCACACAUGAGCGUGUUGACGAUGGUGAAUCUGCAGAUGUGAUGCCUGAAAAGAAUGAUAAGAAAAAAUGGGUGAAGAUGACGUUUUGUGAUUCAAGUACGGUAACUAAGGAAAUGAUUUCAAGUUUUUUCCAUUUACCGAUAAAUGAAGCAGCCGUUCAAUUGAAGAUGGGACUUACAGUUUUAAAGGUUCGUUGCAGGGAAUUAGGAAUCUCCAAAUGGCCUCAAAAGAAACUCUUGAGGCUGGAUGAUGACGAGGCGGCAAGAAAAAUGAAAGUUGGGGAUGUAAAGUUUAAACAAAUCUGCAGGAAAUGUGGUGUCAAUCGAUGGCCGUAUAUGAAGUUCAAAAGUAUGGAUCGACUAAUUCAAAGCGUUCAAACCAUGAGUAAGUUCAAAAAAAAAUCUAAUCGGGAUGAGAGGGUUAAAGAGCUACAAAUGGAAAAAGAGCGGAUGAUGAGAGACCCAAGAGUUGAGUUUAGUUUCGAAACUAUAAAAAUCAGAAACUCUUCUUGGAGGAAGAAAAGAUAUAAGCACUUGACGAAGCUUUCUUAUUCUGCACAUGAUGCAAGUUCAUCUACACCCGUUGAUGUCAAAUCUGAAGGGAUUAAUUAA